ACCAUCACUCACGCACUUAUCGGGACCUGCGUGAAUGUGCGUGUGUGUGUGUGUGCAUGCGUGGAUCCAAAUUUAGUGUCAGCCAGAUGUUGUGGCCGCGCCUCUCGCACCUGCAGAGGCAAGUGUUAAAGGUGAUAACAAAAGGGUUGACGUCACCGGGCUCGUCCUACUGAUCCUGCCGCACAACCUCGACCACUGAGGAGGUGAAGGAGGAGGAGGAGUAGUUUCAGAGGAGGAUGAGAGCAGCUCUGGCUUCUCUUUCACCGUAACGCCUGGUGGUUGGGGUCUGGGAGGAGAAGAGGGUCUUUCGCUGAUCAAAUUUCGGGUAUCCUAAGGGCGCACUUAACUAAUGGGAUCCUAUCGAUGUUUCUCCCCCUUCAAGUCUGAUGUGUACACGGCGGAAUGUUAAUGUUGCCACAGCGUGUCCGUGUUGUGUUUGGCUGCUCCGGGUCUGGCUUUAUUACUGUGCAGGUCGCUGUUUAAUGACAUGGAAGCCUGACGGAUAUGACUUCUGUGACCGAUGUGACUAUGGACGUGAUCGGCUUAACUCUGCUGCUCAUGUGUGAGGAGAAGUGUAUGUCCCAUGUUGCAUUAGUGUCUGUGUGAAAUGCUGGCCUGUCUGCCGGUGCCAGGUGACCUCCCCCUUCAGCUUCUCCCCCACACGCAGAUGAACACUGGACUUCAGAAAUGGGACACCACACAGAGGAUGAGAUCUACUCCAUUUCCAACCCCUGCAGAAUUGGACGCAUAUGCUAAGAAGGUUGCCAACCACCCACUCACCAUCAAGAUCUUCCCCAAUAGCGUCAAGGUCCCCCAGCGAAACCACGUGCGGCGCACUGUGAACGGCCUGGAUACAUCAGGGCCGCGCUACAGCCCGUACCCUUCGUCUCAGGCCAAGACAGGGCUCCUCGCCGUUGUCAAGGUGCCCACAGUUAAAGGCAUCCUAAAAGAUUUUGAUGGUAGCCGGGCUCGCUUGCACCCAGAAGUUAUCAUGAAUCCUCACACUGGACCUUAUCAAGUGGCUCCAACCAGCACUUUAAAUCACCACCCACCUCUGCUGAACCUUCCUCUGUCACAGCAAAGCUUAUCGCUUCAACCACAGGACCCAUCUCAGGCACUACAGAUGCCCCUCCCUCAGCACCAGGGUCACACCCAGAGCCUCAAACACCUUCCUCCCAUGGCCCAGCACCCUCAGGGCCCAACCAGACUUCAGACUCUGUCUCAGCACCCAGCCCUUGGCCACAUGCAGGGCCCCCCUACUGUCAUGCUUCAGCAGCAGCACCUUCAGCAGCAGCCGCAACCAGGCCUGCAGGGGGGCAGAAAGCUGGCAGACAGUGACGUACCACCUAAUGUUACAGUUUCUACCUCAACCAUUCCACUCUCAAUGGCUGCUGGGCUGCAUCAGGGCCACCAGGCCGACCUGAGCACUAUCGUGCAUCAGAUUAACCAGUUCUGCCAAGCCCGAGCUCAUGGUGUAGGAGCGACCUCCAUGUGCGAAGGCCAGAUCGCCAACCCUAGCCCGAUCAGUCGCAAUCUGCUUAUCAGCGCCUGUUCCAGGGUCUCCAUGCACAGCAACCCUGCCACCCCCGGCUUCCCCCCACCCAACUGCAUCAUUGGCUCUCAAGAUAAAACCCCAGUAGGAGCUCAUCCUCCAACCAGCGUGGCUGCUAUGAACCACUUGCCUUCCAGCCAUGCUGAUCUCAAGCAGCAGCACCAUUUGCAGCAUCACCUGCACCCACAACAGAAUCAGCAGCAUAUACAGAUACAACAUAACAUUCAACAGCAGAAGAUGCACUCCUGGAAUCCGCACCAGUUGGCUCACGUCACCCAUAUUCAGAACGGUGGGACUCACCUCUGCAAGCAGCCUUCCCGGGACCCCACCUUCCAUUUUAAGGGCAUGGGCUACCCUGCAGAGGUGUGUGUGGGUCAGCCUUACACACUGAAACCUCCUGUAGAGAGGCCCACCCCCUCUCCUCCUGUCAACAACGGAAUGCCUGGUCACAUGGCCCACUACACCAAUGGUCAUUACUUCCAGUCCCACAAUUGGAACAACAGCAUUCUACCCACACCCAACAGUGACAGCUCUGGGUCUCAGGACGUAGCCAUGCCAUUCCACAGUGUAGGUCCAGGGGGGUGCACCACACUAGACUGUGGGCCCCCUGGGGCUCCCCAUUACAGGCUAGGAGCGAGCGCCGCCUCCUCCUCCUCCUCCUCCUCCUCCUCCACCACCCAGGCCGCUCUGAUGCAAACAGCAGAUUACUUGGGUGGGGACUUCCAGACGCCCUACUUCCGAGAUCAGAAUCUAGGGUUGAUGGGCAAGAUGCACAGGCCUACUCUGAGCAGGGUAGGUCCAGAGGUUGGAGAUGGCAGAACCUCUCUCAUCCAGCACCCAGGGUACAGAUAAGCUAUAUGGCCUUGUCUACACAACCGUUAUCAAACCCCUUUGUUUAGUCUUAAGAAAGGAAACAUGUGAAUACAAUGAAAUUGAUACUUAAACAAAUGACCGCUAAUGUUAAAGAGGGUAAAUUAAUAUAUUAUGUGGAGAACAGUAUUUUCUUUUUUUAAUUUGAUUUUCUUUCUUUUUUUUUAAAUAAAUCUUGCAAGUGAUCAAUUGCUAGUUUUAUUUUGUUAAUGAGUGCAUUUACCUGGCACUUUAGGGAACUUUUUCAUGUGUGUACAUGUCUGUAAUAUAUGUGUUUGUCAUUACCGGCUUCUUCUUCUCUGUCACACUUGCCUAUCUUUGUGCCUACCCCAUCUGUAAGAUUCUUUGUUUUUUCAACCUCAAACCUAUCAAUAAAGUUUUCUUAUGCAUGUAGGAAAGAAGAAAAACAAAUAGAUCCCCCAGUUUAUAAACUCUAUGAAUGUUUUACAGGGUCUUGUCAGGUUUUUCUUUAUGAAACAAGUGACAAAUUUUCAUUUUGGUGUCAAAGCUUAAAUCUCAGCAGCAUCAAAAUUGAACAUGAUCACUAAAUGACUCAAGAAAGAGUAAUGCUCUUGAUUCAAUAUAAAGCUAACUGAUGUUUUAUUCUUUUUAAGUGUAAUUUAUUUGUACAAUAGCACUGUUUAAGGCUGAUUCCUCUCGUUCAGUUAAGGAAGCAUAUUAUCAAGUUGUAUGUUUAUAGUAAUGAUCCAGCAGGGAGCACAUAUGUUUAACAAACAAAAGAAAGGUGAUGCUCUGUUCUGCUAAAAAUGCUGCAAUGAAUUCAGGUGUUUGAAAAAAGACUUUUGUCAAUGCCACGAUGGUUUGGCAACACAAAAUGGCCAAAGUCAGGUUAACAAAGACUCACUGUCAUGAAGAUGUGCCAUUUCAUUUUUAUUUCCUUUUCACAUCAUUUUUUUUGUAACCAUGUUAAAUGCAUUACUUGAAUGUUCAGAUUAUUUGUUUUGCAGAUGUUUAAGGCGAUUGUUGAGUUACGAGGACAGAACUCUGGAGUAGGAGAACAUAUUAGUGUUGUUAAUGUCAUGAAGAGGCGAACCAGAGGUUUGAUCCCCCCCCUCAGCAGAAACUGGAGUGGGUUAAUUUAUGUGUAGUUGCUACUGAUUUUGAUGUGAAGUCUCCCUGGAAAGACCAAAUUGAUCACUUGCAAGAUCACAUGGAGGUAAACAAAACUGACUUUUAGGUUUAAAGUGAAAGCAACUGCAUUGUUAUUAUUUUAUUGUACACUGGCUUACCUACUAGACUACUGUAACUUUGAAAUGUAAUGAUUGUGUGUGAAUGUUACCUGCUGACGUGGGUAGAGUUCAGGGUGUGAGAGCGUGUGUGUGUGUGCGCGCGUGUGUGUAAACACAAUGAUGCCCAUGUUUUGUUCACCUAACUCCCUAACAGCCCUUAAAAAGCCUUAAGUGUUUGGUCCUUGGACGUUCCUCUGCUAAUGAGCAUGGUUUUAAUGAAAACCCCAAACAAUAAGGAGAAUGAAGGUGAUGGUAAGGAUACACAGAAAUAGCUUCUUCUUUUUUUUUUUCCUUGAUCUUUUUAUUUUAAUGACGUUUUGUUGAAUAGACAAUUCCUUAGAAAUUCUUUAUUAUGGAAAGCAAGAAAAGGAGUAAUAUUUUGUAAUUAUAUAUUUUAGCAAUGUGUAGUUACAGAGCUGUAACUUUUUUCCACGUUUCAAAGCUUCGGUUUGCAGUUGUGACUAUUUAUAAUACUUGAUUUGCUUGUUAUUUAAAUUUUAUUUUCUCCUUUUUUUUUCCCUUGUACUAUUGCUGUGAAAUGGAAGAAGGUCCUGAAGCCUUUCUUUUGUGUCACUGUACGGCAGAUGAAGAGGCAAGAGCGUGAGAGUUGUGCUACUCUUUUUGUAAUAUUGUAAUAAUAAAAUAAAGUUCUAAUUUAUGCUUUGA